GGCGGCGGGCGGGCUGGGGGCGAGCGGCAGCCUCGCCCCGCCGGGGGCCCGGCGGGCACCGACUCUGCGCCGGCCGGGGGAUGAAGAUGAGACGCCAUAAACUCUUUCUGACUCUCUGCAUGGCUGGUCUCUGCCUCAUCUCCUUCUUGCACUUCCUCAAGGCCCUUUCCUAUGUCACCUUCCCCAGGGAGCUGGCUUCACUUAGUCCCAACCUCGUCUCCAGCUUCUUCUGGAACAAUGCCCCUGUCACACCUCAGGUCAGCCCUGAGCCAGGGGGUGCAGAGUUCCUCCGCACACCCCUGUACUCCCACUCCCCCUUGCUCCAGCCCCUGUCUCCCAGCAGAGCCAGUGAAGAGCUGCACAAGGUUGAGUUCGUGCUGCCAGAAGAUUCAACGGAAUACUUUGUCCGUACCAAAGCCGGUGGCAUUUGCUUUAAACCAGGCACCAAGGUGUUGGAGAAGCCACCCGCGGGCGGCCGGCAGGAGGAGCGAGCGGAUGGCGCGGCCUCGGGGCGGCCGGCUCGGAAGCCGCUGAGCGCCGGCGGAGCCAAGCGGCGCAAGUGGGUGGAAUGUGUGUGUCUGCCGGGCUGGCACGGCCCCAGCUGUGGCGUCCCCACCGUGGUCCAGUAUUCCAACCUGCCCACCAAGGACCGCCUCGUGCCGCGGGAGAUCCCCCGGCGGGUGAUCAAUGCCAUCAACGUCAACCACGAGUUCGACCUGCUAGAUGUCCGCUUCCAUGAGCUGGGAGACGUGGUGGAUGCUUUCGUGGUGUGCGAGUCCAACUUCACGGCCUACGGAGAGCCGCGGCCCCUCAAGUUCCGCGAGAUGCUCCUCAACGGCUCCUUUGACUACAUCCGCCACAAGGUGCUCUACGUUUUCCUGGACCACUUCCCGCCCGGUGGCCGCCAGGACGGCUGGAUUGCUGACGAUUACCUACGUACCUUCCUCACCCGGGACGGCAUCUCCCGCCUCCGCAACCUGCGCCCGGACGACGUCUUCAUCAUCGAUGAUGCUGAUGAGAUCCCGGCCCGCGAUGGCGUGCUCUUCCUCAAGCUCUACGACGGCUGGACGGAGCCCUUCGCCUUUCACAUGCGCAAGUCGCUCUACGGCUUCUUCUGGAAGCAACCGGGCACCUUGGAGGUGGUCUCGGGCUGCACCAUGGGCAUGCUCCAGGCUGUCUAUGCUACCGACGGGAUACGUUUGCGACGCCGCGACUACUACACCAUGCCUGGGUUUCGGCAGUACGAGAACAGCACGGGACACAUCCUGGUGCAGUGGUCGCUGGGCAGCCCCCUCCACUUUGCUGGCUGGCAUUGCUCCUGGUGUUUCACCCCAGAGGGGAUCUACUUCAAACUGGUGUCAGCCCAGAACGGGGACUUUCCCCGCUGGGGUGACUAUGAGGAUAAACGAGACCUCAAUUAUAUCCGGGAGCUGAUCCGGACUGGUGGCUGGUUUGAUGGUACAAUGCAGGAGUAUCCCCCUGCUGACCCCAAGGAGCAGAUGUAUGCUCCCAAGUACCUGCUCAAGAACUACCAGCGGUUCCGCUACUUGUUGGAGAACCCCUACCGAAAGGUGGAGGGUGCUGGGUGAGGCCACUGGGUGGGAAAUCAGAACUUCACAACAAAGGGAAAGAGUCGGGUGUUUUCGUCUGUUCCUUCUUUUGUUUCCUUUGUUUAUGGGCAGGGUGUGCUUUUUAUGUGGGCUCUCUGCCCUCCUUCACUUCCUGUUCUUCUUCCCUUCAUCCCAGGCAUCACCCUGGGAACCCAAAUUCCUCAGUCACAUGAAGGGAGACCUGGACAGGAGGAAGAGAGAUGUUGAGAACCCGCUCUGUAGUAGCAUAAAGACUUCCUUGCAUCUUCUGAGCCUCUCCUGCUGGCUGGAGAGAAUCUCUGCAGCCAGCUGGCAGAUUUUCCUCUGGGGGAGGCUGAGAGGAUCCCAUGGGGAGACAGGGCAGCUGUUCCCAUCCACCCUCAUCCUUUGUGGAUUGGAGCAAGCAUAGAUGCAAGCCUGGGCUGUUUAUUGAGCGUGUGAGUCAGCAGGCACAAACUCUUGUGAGUGGUUGCGUGUGCAGAUGUAUGUCACUGGCAUUUUUUGGAUGAGUGA